AUGAAGCGUAAAAUUCGUGAAUCUGUCAUGUACUCUCCAUCAAACAUCAAACGAAUUCAAUCUAUAACAAUAGUAAACGAGAACGACAAGGAUCAGAUCGAGAAGUACAUCAUGGCAGCAGGUGCGGCACGUGAGAAGCGUUUCGAGGAACUGAACAUGACUGAUGAGGAACUGAAAAAGAUCUCGACAUCCUUCCAAGAUGAGGAAUUCCGUAAACUGUUUUCGGACUAUGUUAACGAGUUGUCUGAUCCAAAGAAUCGAGAACUAUACGAACGAGAAAUUGCACAACUAGAAGCCGAACAAGGCAACAAGGUCCGUUUCGUAAAACCAACUGAAGGGCACGUCCUAAAAACGAAAUUCCAAAAACCACCAUCAAACAUGGCCAACAUUGAUAAAGUGUUUAUAAACAUGUGCACGUCCCCGGAAAUCAGUAAAGCCAAGGCAAAGACAAAGUCGGUUAAUGGCAAGAAGGGACAGAGUUGGAGUAUACCGUAUAGCCUGUCGAGUCCGAGGGAGGAUGUUGAUCAUGCUAACGCGCCGUGUCUGGUAUACGACUUUGUGAUGCACCCUGACACGUAUCGAAUGGGUCGCAACAACCCGGCCUUUGACAAGAUGUUGGUUGAUACUGCAUUAGAGGGAAUAGAAACCAAGUUUGAUGGCGUGCCAACCGCAACCGUCAUUCGUGAAACUGAUCCAAGUCUCAAAGCUACUGCUGGCGAGACUAGUCUGGAUUAUAUCAAGAAUAUGGCACAGGAACAACAAAAGCAGGCUGUCAUUCCUACUGAGAAGUCAACAAGCUCGCUUAUUCAGGAACUGGAUGAGCCGCAUGUUGCAUCGGCCAAACCAGUGGUGGUGGAGACGCCAAAGUAUGAGAUACUCCAUCGUGGGUCCAUUGAUUACUCGAAAUUCACGAAUGAGAGGGAGAGACGUGAUGGGGCUAGGCCAGAGUCGCUUGUGGUGCGGAUAGAGUUGCCUCGUGUGGUGUCUGGAUCAGAACUGAACGUAGACACGAACGAAACCACAUUUGACUUAAGCGUACCUCAGAAGUACUUGCUGCAUAUAGCACUACCGUUCCCUGUGGAUCAUGAACGCGGACAGGCCAAGUUUGACAAGAGUCAUCGUAGGCUCACUGUUACGUUGCCUGUGCUCCCACCGCCGCUUAUAUCCGUUGCUGCCGAGCAAACGACGAUACCAAUCCCAGAAAUCGUAAAUCUGGAUGAUGCUGUAAAAGAAAAUACAGGAGAAGAGCUUCCUGCUACGGAAUUCGAAACUGAAUCCACACCACUAAUCCAACAAAUCACGAAACCACGGCUCCCUGCCAUAAAGCUCGACCAAGACGAAACAUCAGUUUCGAUCAUCAUGCCAGUCGUCGACUUGGACGAAUCGACUAUAUCUAUGAACUUUCUGCCUCUACAAGUCUCUGUGGCGUUUAGCACGAAAGACGGUACAUCAUACGCCUUACUAGCUAAAGUCCCAUCUAGUAUACUUCCAAAGGGAUGUAAUCUAAAUAUUGACGGAGAUCAAGUUGUCGUGCAUUGUCAGAAAUGGGCAAGAGAGUUGUGGGAGAGUGUGGAUGUGGUUGAUGUGGAUGGCGGUGUCAGUGUUGUGCGGUUUGAGAGUCUGAAGAGCGUGAAUGUGUCUGCUGCUGCUAGCGUAAAGAGCGAGCCGGCUGUGGCUGCCACGCCAGUGGAGAAAGUGGAGACACCAAAAGUACCUGAGAAGCCUGCUACUGUAGAAAAGAAACCGAUAGUGAUUCCUACAUUACUUAAUUCGCAUGUUUUUGAUCUGGAUUUGUAA